ACCAAUUAAGUAAGCAUAGCGAGGUGUUUGAAAAUCUGGCUAGCUAACUUUGAAGGUGUAAUGCUCUAAAAUGCUAUAAGGCUUAAGUGACGACCAAAUGCACCUACCCAAUGUGUAAGAAUGUGUAUAACGCAUAGAACGAAUGCGCUAAUAUAAACAAAGUCUACAAAUACAGUGCUCCAGGGAGGGAAACGGCGAGAGCUCGACACCUUUGCCAUCCCGCAAUGACAUAACCGGUACAGUCUACCGUCGUAAUGAUUUGAUUUGCUGUAAUUAACAAAAUACUAAAACAAACGGCAGGCGUGGAUAAAAACCAUAAACCAACAGCAAGGUGAAUGGCUUCACAAAGGGUAUCCUAGUAAAGAAAAAAAGAAUAGAAAAUGCAAAAAGCCAUCUCGCUAACUCGACAAAAUGUGUACGCUACCGGUCACAAAAGCUUUGACGGAAAACACUGAAAGAAAACAGGAUUAUUAAAACAACACAGGACCGGUUCAGUGGACCUUCACUGCCGACAGCAAUGACUUUACAGCUCUCAAGGAUUUUACAUUUGCUUGGGAGAGCGACUGUAUACUCUCAACACAGGUGCUGUGCGGAAAUGUCCACCAACACGAGGCUACGCGUCCUUGUUGAUAUGGACGGUGUCAUUGCAGAUUUUGAGGAGGGAUUUUUAAGGAAAUACAGAGAAAGGUAUCCAAAUGAACCGUACAUUACUUUAGAGGAUCGAAGAGGAUUUUGGGUAUCGACACAGUACGGGGAGCUAAGGAGUGACCUUUGUGAGAAAGCCAUAAGCAUUUGGGAAUCAAAUAACUUCUUUCUCGAGCUAAAGCCUGUCCCAGGAGCCCUGGAGGCUGUCAAAGAGAUGUCCAAAAUGGAGAAUACAGAUGUCUUCAUUUGCACCAGUCCAAUAAAACAUUACAAGUACUGUCCAUAUGAAAAGUAUGCAUGGGUAGAGAAGCACCUGGGACCUGACUUCCUGGAGCAGAUCAUUCUGACCAGAGACAAGACUGUAGUGACCGGGGACAUCCUGAUUGACGACAAGCCAGACAUCCUAGGUGUGGAGCCGACCCCGAGCUGGGAACACGUCCUCUUCACUGCCUGCCACAACAAGCACCUGACCACCAUUCCCACCCAGAGACGGCUGCUAUCCUGGGCUGACGACUGGAGGGCCACCCUGGAGAGCAAGCGCCAGUGAGCCCCCUGUGCCAGUCUCGCACAGACUACCUCCUCACCACAGCUCGGCUACCUGUGGACCAGCGAGCUGACUCCAGUAGGGGCUUCAGGGGUGUGCAGAGUCUGAACCAGUGUUAUAGGUCCAAGUUUAAAGCAUGAGGGUUCACUUGCAAGACGUUACGUUGGUAAACAGGGGAUGUGAUGUAGGUAAGACCCACUAUUUGAAGAUGUUUAGUUGUCUCAGUUAUAAGAUUUAAUACUGCCUCACAAUUCCUGUGAAAAUAUUCCUUACAUUUUAAUUAGUCAAUUAAUAGUUAAUCCUUAUUCUUCAUAUAUGUUUGGGAUUCAGAGUUUAUAGUUGGCAUGAACUGUCUCAAACCUGCCUGAUUUUAGCAAAUACACUGUAAUGUCACAGGGAAAAGUGGGGAAGAUCCUUUCACUCUAGAGCUCUAGACACGGUACUUUCACUCUAGACCUCUAGACACGGUACUUUCACUCUAGAGCUCUAGACACGGUACUUUCACUCUAGACCUGGUAACGCACAAAUACGGUAACGCACAAUAACGCACAAAGACCUGGUAACACACUCUCAGUAGGAAAAUGUUUAUUUUUGUCAGUUUAUAUACAGUUGUGGACUGUACAAUGGAAUAUGUAAAAGAUGUCUGUUUCAUGUAAGGUCCAUAUUAUUUUAGCUGUUCAUUUUUCACACUAUUUGUGAUAUGUUCAUUUGAUGAUGCCCAUUCUAUAGUUUCAUUUUUUAACAAUGAGAAACUAACCUCAGGUUUUAUCAAGAAUUUUUUUGUUUGUUUGUUUUGUUUUAUUUAGAUUUUUUAAGAUUUACUUUUGCCGCAGUGCUGAAUGUUACCACUGGGAGGAAACCAUAGCACAGUGGUGGAAACCUUUUAUCGUUACCCGGAAGUGUUUUUUUUUUUUUUUUAAUUUUAUUUAUGUAUUUAUUUUUCCCCAUUUGCUUUUCAAACAUGUUGAAACACUGAAUUCACUUUUAAUUUGCGUUGCUGCUACUUCUCUGUGGUUUAAUUCAGCAUUGCUUUUCACCUGUGUCAAUGGUUUUCUUAGCAUUUUACAUGUGAUGUCCUUGUCUAGUUGGUGGUGUGGUUAAUCAUCAUUGAUGGUGCUGCUAGCUCUGCCAUUUGGUCGAACCUGGAGAUUUCAGGAGCUCUUAGACUGCAUGGGGCUUUUAGACUGAAAACGCCUAGAAUAUGCUACACCCACAGGCAUGUGUUGCCAAAUUAAUGCUAUAAAUAUUGCCAGAGUUAUCUUUUGUAACCCCCCCUUCCUUUACCAAAUUUAUAAAUCUUAAGUUAGAUGGAUGUAACGUUUGGUUAAUACUAUGAAGUAGACACUUAUUUUAUCUUUUCUUCUAAAAAUAACUACGCUUAUUAGUUUUUAUGUUCUAAGCUGGACUAAUUAUGAUGGAGAAUGUUUAGGUUAAAAAAUGGGAGAUGACAGGUUUAUGAGAGACUGAUGACUGCGCGGGGGAGACUGACCAGUCCGUGAUGCAGUGCAAAAUGUCAAACACGUUCAAACAAUUAAAAUACGAUAACAAUUGCCAUAUUCAUAUUUUACAAAGAGCAAUUUAAGCCUGGAUAGAGUUACGGUAAAACCCAUCCCCGCAUUGUUUUAACACUAGUUUAUUCAUAUCUUAGAGAAACAUGGACUGCUCCUGCCCUUACCAUUGCCACUGCUGAAGAUAAGCUCGUGGUUUGGCGUUCUGGUGUAAGCGCCACGCGGUCCGUUUGUCACGCGUUUACAGCUGCAGCAACUGGUCUGAGCCGCGAGGCGUGACUCAUCCCGUUAGAGAUGCGCGUGCAUAGCUCCAGGAAAAAUACGUCGACAUAGACGCGCAGUAAAGCAUAUAACUACAGUUUUUAAUAAAGUGUGCAAUCGGUUUGCAUGUGAUUUAUGCUCUUGUUCAUUUAUUGUUUUGUGUGUGCGUGCAUGCAUGUGUUUUGACAGCUGAAAUCCUUUUUUAGCUACAUUUUAUAAUUCCAAGACUACGUAACAAAAUAUAUAAUAGAUUAAAAUGACGACUAGCAUUUGUGUAACAUGAAUACAUAUGCCUGAGACUAAUAAAGAACUUUGCAUGGA